GUUGCUGUCCCCCCGGCCCAGCCUGCUCAACACUGCCAGCGAUGCCAGGCUCAACUCAUCGCCACAGAAGCCGCUGGACCUGAAGCAGCUGAAGCAGCGUGCUGCUGCCAUCCCUCCCAUCAUUUCCGAAGGUUUCUCGGAGGGGAUGUUGCAGAGUGGAAGUGUGAAGCCUCAGGUGCCUCCCCACGCCUUGGCCCUCUACCAGCAGCAGAUCACGAAAGCCCAUGAGUCUGCCCGCGAGGACGUGCCCCCGAGCAAGCUCUCGCAGUCCCAGCAGACAGGAGAGAAGGAGCAGCAGCCGAGCAGCAGUCCCAGGGGAAAGAGCAGGAGCCCCGCUGUUGGCGACAAGGAAGGCGUUGGCUCCGCUGGCUGGGGCCAUAUCGGCUUGGAGGGCGGCCAGCCCAGCCGUACCUUCCUGAGCGCUCCCCCCUCUGCCUUCCAGGGCGAGCUGCUGGCCAGAGGCAAGCAGCCCUGCCCGCGUCUCCCCAGCAGGCAGUCGGAUCCCUUUUCCCGUUGCCAAGUCGCCGUCGGGCAUAUCGUUGGUUAUCGCUCGGGCAGUUUGAAAGCCAGCGAAAAGUCUGUGCACUUCUCAUCCAUCGCAGAGGCUCAGAAGCUGAGUGCGGAGCCAACGGCCGCAUCGUGCUGGCCCCCUGUCCUGUCCUACGCCCGGGAUGUGAUAAAAACCUCUCCCCAGGCAGAGCCCCACUUGUUCCAGUAUAACCCACCGGGACACCCCAUCCCGCUAAACCUGCAUGAGAGCUCUCGCUCAGGGCUACAGAGACUAGCGAGCAUCUCCAACCCUCCUCCCCUCAUCUCCUCCACCAAGCACCCCUCCGUGCUCGAGAGACCCGUCGGAUCCAUUUCCCAGGGCAUGCCCAUCCAGCUCCACACGCCCUACAGCUCCGAGCACGCCAAGGUCCCCGUCGGCUCCAUCACCAUGGGCCUCCCGCUGACCAUGGAUCCCAAGAAACUGGUGCCUUUUCCUGGAGUAAAGCAGGAACAACUUUCUCCUAGAAGCCAGGCCAGCCAGCCGGAAAGUCUGGUUCUGCAGCCGUCCCAGGAGGGCUCCAUCCUGCGGGGUACUUCCCUCAGCUCUGCCUCGGGAGGGAGCAUCACCAAGGGAACGCCGACAUCCAGACCCCCUCCGGAGUCGCCCAUCACCUACCGAGGAUCCAUCACACACGGCACCCCGGCAGAAGUGCUGUACAAAGGAACCAUCACCCGGAUAAUCGGAGAAGACAGCCCCAGCAGAGCAGAGAAGGCGAGGGAGGAUGCCAUGCCCAAAGGCCAUGUCAUCUACGAAGGGAAGAAAGGCCACGUGCUGUCCUACGAGGGUGGAGUUGCUGCUUCUCAGUGUCCCAAAGACGACAGCCGGAGCUCGGGAGCUUCGCACGAGACCACGGGAACCAAGCGGACCUACGAUAUGAUGGAGGGGAGGAUCAGCCGGGGCUUAUCAGCCCGGGACACCUUAUCCGCCAGCAUCGAAGGUCUCAUGGGUCGAGCAAUCCCUCCGGACCGACACAGUCCCCAUAACCUGAAGGAGCAGCAUCACAUGCGGGGCUCAAUUACACAAGGAAUACCUCGGUCCUAUGUGGAGGCCCAUGAGGACUACCUCAGGAGAGAAGCCAAACAGCUCAAGAGGGAAAACACUCCACCAAGGGACUUAUCCGAUGCCUACAAGGUCAGGUCUCAUGAGGGCCUUACUCCCCUGAAAAUGAAACCAGCCCAUGAAGGCCUAGUGGCCACGGUGAAGGAAGCGGGAAGAUCAAUCCAUGAGAUUCCCCGGGAGGAGCUGAGGCGGACGCCAGACAUCUCUCUGACGAGACCUUUGAAGGAAGGUUCCAUCACGCAGGGCACCCCACUGAAGUAUGACAGUGGCUCUUCCUCCUCGAGUACCAAAAAGCACGACGUGCGGUCCAUCAUCGGCAGUCCCAGCAGGACUUUUCACUCUGUGCACUCGCUGGACGUCAUCCAAGACCCAAGGAAUCUGGAGAGAGCUUACGAGGAGAGCCUGAAAAACAGGCCAAGCCCAGUGACCAACUCAGGUGGCUCCAUUGCCAGAGGGGCUCCUGUGAUCGUACCCGAGCCGGGCAAGCCCCACCAAAGUGCCCUCGCCUACGAGGACCACCAGGCAGGGCACGGCACAGCUUUCGGCAGCCACCUGCACCGAGGAUCUCCGGUCUCUACACGGGAGUCCACGCCACGGCAGCACGAAGGUACAUGGGAGCAUCACUGCCGGUCCCAGGACAGAAAGAUCACCCCCACAUCGAGAGAGCUCACCAACUCCAAGUCUCCACAUGCUCCUGUGGCCGACCACCACCACCCCAUCUCCCCGUACGAGCACCUGCUCCGUGGUGUGAGCGGGGUCGACUUGUACCGAGGACACAUCCCGCUGGCUUUCGACCCCGCUGCCAUCCCCAGGGGAAUCCAACUGGAAGCAGCUGCCGCUUACUACCUGCCGAGGCAUCUGGCUCCGAGCCCCACGUACCCUCACCUCUACCCGCCGUACCUCAUCCGGGGCUACCCAGACACAGCCGCCAUGGAGAACCGGCAGACCAUCAUCAACGACUACAUCACGUCGCAGCAGAUGCACCACAACGCCGCAGCCACGGCCAUGGCGCAGCGGGCCGACAUGCUGCGCGGCUUGUCGCCCCGGGAGCCCUCCCUCGCCCUCAACUAUGCAGCAGGUCCUCCGGGCAUCAUCGACCUGUCCCAAGUGCCACACCUGCCCGUCCUCGUGCCCCCUACCCCUGGCACCUCUGCCACCACCAUGGACCGCAUCACCUACAUCCCCGGCCCCCCACAGACCUUCGGCAGCCGGCACAGCAGCUCCCCGCUCUCUCCAGGAGGCCCCACGCACAUGACCAAACAAUCAGGAUCGUCGGUGUCUGAGCGAGAACGGGAGCGGGAACGGGAGAGGGAGCGUGAGAAAUCCAUCCUAGCAUCCACCACAGUGGAGCAUGCGCCCAUCUGGAGACCAGGUACGGAGCAGGCCAGCAGCCGUUCGUCCUCGCACUCCCACAGCCACCAGCACUCUCCCGUCUCGCCCCGCACCCACGAGACCAUCCAGCAGCGCCCCAGCGUGCUCCACAACACGAGCAUGAAGAUCAUCUCCUCGGAGACCCCCACCCCUUCCGUCCUGCGAUCCUCUACCACCACCACCACGUCGCCAAUCCGCUCCGCCGCCUUCCCUUCGGCCUCCGCCCUGCGCUCCUCCGUCAGCGCGGCGGACAGCUACGCAGCCCUCAUGGACCCGGCCGUCCUGCAGAAAGAGGCCUCGAGGGCGCGGGAAGCCAAGGCGGAGCGACCCCAGACCGACAACAACGUCUUCACCUCAAAGCUGCCCGGCGGGGCCAACCUCGACCAGUCGCCUUCGCCCAUUAAAGCCAUGGAGUCGAGGCCUUUACCCGCCUCCGGACCCGGUUCUGCUCAUCACUAUAGCAGAGGACAGGGGAAAAGCCAACAGCACCAUCACCCCCUGGACCAGCAGCACGCGGCCUCGGGCCCCGAGCAGCACAGCAGAGAAAAGAGUCAGAGUAAAGCCUUUUCCAUGCAGGAGCAGGAGCUCCGAGCACUCGGCUUUCACGGAGGCUACAGUCCUGAGCGGAUGGAAGCAGUGAGUCCUGUGAGCUCGCCCAGCCUGCCCCACGAGAAAGGAGCCAAGCUGCUGCAGGAUGCGGAGAAGGGGCACGGGGAGCACGACCUGAGGCAGAAGCAGCAAGGUGAGGGUAAGGGGGGGGUCACUCCUGAAGCCGCCCACCUGCAGCACCUCCGGCAGCCCGACGGCCCCCAGCCCCAGUGCCAGCCCCUGCAGUCCAGCCCCAGCAUCAAGGGCAUGAACCAGAGAGUGGUCACGCUGGCCCAGCACAUCAGCGAGGUCAUCACGCAGGACUACACACGCCAUCACCCGCAGCAGCUCAACUCCCACAUCCAGACGCCGGUGUACUCCUUCCCCGGGGCCGCGUGCCCGGUGCUGGACCUGCCUAAUUCCCUCCUGCUUGCCCUGUGUUCCUUGAGCCCAGCUGCCAGGAUCUCCCCGCAGAACGAGGGCGGCAAGAGGUCCCCAGAGCAGAGCAAAGCCUCGGCCGGGAGCGGGUCGGACAGCUGUAUCGAGCCGGUCUCUCCGCCAGACGGCGUGGGAGAAUCGGAGCACACCAAGAGCGCCACGUACCCCAUCCUGUACCGCGAGGGCGAGCAGAUAGACCAGAGGAUGGGGUCCAAGUCCCCAGGAAACAACACUCAGCCUCCGGCUUUCUUCAGCAAGCUGACGGAGAGCAACUCUGCCAUGGUGAAGUCCAAGAAACAGGAGAUCAUCAAGAAGCUCAGCACGACCAACAAAAACGAACCGGAGUACAACGUUGGGCAGCCUGGGACAGAGAUUUUCAAUAUGCCGGCGAUUACUGGAGCAG